AGCUUGCAGGAUGCAGGGGCAAGCAGGAGUGAAGGUGCAUGCGGGGAUGAUCCGAGACUAUCAGUCGAGCAGCAAGAGGCGGCUGGACGAGAUCAGGUGGCUGAGGAAGGACUGCAAGAAAGUCUCGAUGCGGCUCGAGGCGAGGCGCAACUCUGACCCGAGCCUGGUGGACGAGAGGCCUGCAGAGAGGUCUCCCGUUGACAUGGCGCAAGAGGGAGAGGAUGGGAUGAGAGAGUUUGGAAGAGUCUACUCGGACGCCAGCGCUGAGAGCAAGAAGUCACAUCUGGAUGUGGUCCUAGGAGACCUGAGGCACGAGAUUGAGCACGAGCAGUUCUCGCGAAGGCUUCGGCUGUCCUCUGCGGAGGGAAAGAACGCUAUGCUGCUGAGAAAGAAGAGCUCUACUGUGCUCCUCACGAGUAAUCUGCUGGCUUCCUUCAAGAGGAAGCAAUCUAGCUCCCCUAAAGGUGAUCAGCUGAACGAAGACAAUCAAGCAGCUGCUGUCCAGCAUGCGCAUUCUCUUCCAGCCAUCGCUCGUCGGAGAUCUUCCGUGGGGAUGCAUCUGAGCUCUUCCCACAGUCUCUACGACUUGAGCGACAGCUUCCAGCUCGUCAGGCCAACAGCUGGGAUCCGCAAACGCGUUAGUCUUGAAGAGUGCCCCUUCCUCCUGGACAUCCGGUGCAAGGCUCACUCUCCUUCAACGUCACCAACGCCUCCUCACAAGCUUCAGGCAGCGCAGGUCAAGCUGGCCAAGAGAGCGUCAGGGAUCGCCAAGUUCAACCCCGAGGAGAAGAAAGAGCAGGAGAGCUCGAGGUUAGCUCGCUCUCUCGCCAGUAUGGUCAACCGAGCAAAUGUUCGCACGCCUCUUCCUGUGGAGGAGGCAGAGAAGGAAGAGGAUGUGGCAACGUCUGCCAAAGGGAAUCAAGUGGAGGAGGCGAAGAUCGACUUGUGGGCUGAUGCAGACAGCGACAGCGACAGCGACAGCGACAGAGACCGAGAUACCAGAGCAGCAUGAGGUCAAGCGACGAGCAGCUUCACAUAACUCACUUCAUUCACGUGACAUCCGUUAUUGAUUAUCUUUAGGCUUAUCUUUAGGCUUAUCUUUAGGCUUAUCUUCAGGCUUGUUCGUAUCAUUGUCAUUAAGGGAUCCACUCUC